CAUGCGCGAUUGGGAGUAGAAUCUGACAUCACAGGACUGGGGGAAGGACCAGGAAGGACUUAACAAAAGAGCGUCGAUUUGAAAUGUUCUAUCUUUGUUAAUAGCGCAAAUCAUUCUAGACUGGUCUACGCACGAACUAUUGAAAUGUGAACAAAAUGGGAAUGGUAAGGGGGCCAAAAAAAGGAAAACCAAGACGAUUGUCUGUAAGGCGAAAAAUGUUACGUUUGCGCAACCGCCAGAAAGAACUGCGCCAAGGACGUCUAGCUAACUUGCAAUUAGAUAUGAAUCGAUUACCAAUGCAUGAAGCACUUAAGCCAUUAGCAUGGUUAAUGGGUACAUGGCAAACUGAAAGCACUGGAUUUGGUAAAUAUCCAACAAUUAAACCUUUUACAUACUGCGAAGAAAUUACUUUUGAAUCAGUUGGUCAACCAAUGUUAAAUUAUACUGCACGAAGUUGGCAUUCAGAAACAAAGAACCCAUUGCAUUUUGAAGUUGGUUUUUUGAGAAUAAUUCCUGAUACAAACAAAGUAUGCUUAAUGUUGUCACAUAAUUUUGGUGUAACAACCAUUGAAGAAGGAGUAGUUAAUGGCACACUUAUUAAGUUAAAAACUACCAGUAUUGAAAGGCCAACAGAAGGAGGAAAGCCAACUAUAGUAACAGAGCUGCAAAGAGAAUUCCAACUUCUUGGGGAUUCCUUACAACACAAAUUGUACAUGGCUACUUCAAAAACACCAGAACUACAGGAACAUUUGUGUGCAAAAUAUAUUAAGAAAUGUUAGUAGGUUUUAUAAAAUACAACAAACAAAGAUGAACAUUGUAGCUAAAUGGUUUCAUCCAUUUGCUGUAAAUAACAAAUUGAAUUUGAUCUAAAAUAAAGAGAUACUUUUUUAUAUGGAA